UGGUGGCAGAGAGAGCAUGGCUGGCAGCAGCAAAGAAACUGAUCAAGGGGGACGUGGGAUCAAGGACACUGGAACCGUUCCAGACAAAACAUAAGCACCUGGAGGAACCACCAAGACACUGAAGGAAGCAUGGGGAACCUCAGAAACCUCUCAGAACUCACAGAAAACAUCGGGCUUCCCCUGGAACUGCUUGAAAAACAAGACCCCUGGCCGGCCUAUGUCACAUAUACCUCCCCGAUGGUGCAAAGACUCAUUGAGAAAAGCAAAGCUAGAGAACUGGAAUGCUCGCAGGCUCUGGAGGAAAGCCGAAGGACUCACAGGCCGAGCAAGACGCCCAGCAUCGUCCAGCUGAAAAGGAAAAAGUCAUCCAAGGCCUCUGGCAAAAUGGUGUUCAAGGACACGAAGUCUGAGACCAUGUUGUCCGUGUGGAGUGCUUUUUCGGUAUCGGCCGCAGGUCCCACCGUCACCCCAGAGCCCAUACCCUUUCACAUGGAUUCCAGAGAAAAUCCCACUGCAAACUUUAACAAGAUCAUCUUCUCUCGAAAACCUCUGAUGAGGAUACUUCCAUACAGCUCCCUUCUGGCCAGCAAGGAAAAACAUUUGAAUGUUUAGCAAGCAGUCCCUGCAACCACCCCUCAAGAUUGUACAGCAAUUAAGCUUCAUUUGCCACAAGUCUCACUAUGUCCUUCAAGGCUGAACUUGCCCCUGCUCAGGCUGGGAAGCCCCAAUUCCCACUAUCAAUGCUUGGGACCUAACUGGGUAAAGUAGGCUGUGUCCAGACAGGAGACAGAAGUCACACCAGUGAUAUUAUUAGAGAUAAUUGAAUAGAAAUAAUUAUUAUCUAGGUAACUGAAAACACAGGAAGCAGGUAUCACCUCCAAGGCUGGGGGUGGAUGGGACAAAGGGAAGCUAUUGGACUACCUAAAAGUGAGACAGUUGGAGGGGGAGUGCGCUGAAUCCCAGGUUCCCGAGGUGAGGGAGUGGGAUGCUCCUUAGCUGGUGCCGAUGCUUGAGCUCAGAGGAGAGCCCCCGUGGGGAUGGCGCUCCUGAAGUGAGGAGGGGGCUGUUCUGGCUGAGGUUGAUUCUGUGCGUGUUGGGAAAACUAAAAAGCUGUCCUCAAAUGCUUCUGAAGGAAUUGAUACUACCUGAGUGAACAAGAAGCAUUGCUAGGGGAAAAGGACAGGCACAGGAAGCCCACAGAGAUAAACAGGAAGUAAACCAAACAUGAGCUACUUCCUCCGCCUCCAGCCUCUAGGCUCCCUCUAGCACUCACUGUGGGCAGAGCCUAUCAGGUCGGAAAGCAAAGAAUGUGGGUUGCAGAAUCCCAAGUCCAGCAUCUCGAAGAAUAGUAUGAAAGGAUGGACUUGAAGCCAUGAGGAAAUUAGCUUGAUCCACCACGGUGGGGUUCCUGUGGUCCCGCCUCACUGCCCCACUAGGCACCUGAACCUGCUAUUGAGAUGUUUUGCCUUGGAGGGUUUACAGAGUGCAGGGAGGCUCGGCUGUCCCCUGCUAAGAAAUGGAGGGCUUUCUCCCUGUACCUCUUUAAGGCUUGCCUCGUGGAGCAGAGCUGGUGGGAAGCCGGCGCUGGACCUCAGCUGUUGUCUGUCAAAGCACAGCUAGACUGGGGCCACUCAGGCUCUGAGCGGCUCCUGCUUGGGGCCAAAGCACGGGUUGCUAAACCACUGUCCCAGCAAACAGGCUCUGUCUUCACACAAGAGGGACCGAGCCUCCUGGCGGCCCCAGCUGGUCUCAGGUGUGGGUUCAUCUCUGAGCGCAGCUCCUCCGGGGGCUUUUCUUCCCUUCGACCUCCCCUGAGUUUCUGUGUUUCUAUUUCUACAGCAGCUAAUACCUAUCAUGCUUCCCUCGCAGAGAUGUAGAGGAUGAAAUGUGCCUGUUGCUAUAAAUGCCAUUUGAAAAAGU